AUGGUUGGAUAUUAUGGUGAUCAAGAUAAAACACAAGAAGCAUUAACACCAUCAGGAUGGCUUCGAACUGGUGAUCAUGCAAGAAUGGAUGAAGAUGGUUAUCUUUAUUAUAUUGGACGUCAGAAGGAAAUGAUUAUUCGUGGUGGUAUUAAUAUCUAUCCAAUUGAAGUUGAAAAUACAAUAAUUGAGCAUCCAAGUGUUGCUGAAGCACAAGUUUUUUCUAUUCCUGAUGAACGUUAUGGUGAAGAAGUAUGUGCAUGGAUUAAACUAAAACCAAAUUCACCUCCAUGUCAAACAGAAGAUAUCACAAAGUUUCUAUCUGAUAAAUUAGCUUUUUUUAAAAUACCAAAACAUAUUCGAUUUGUUGAUAAAUUCAUUAUGACACCAACAGGAAAAGUACAAAAAUUUAAAUUAUCUGAAGCAAUGGUUAAUGAAUUGAAAGAAUCAAAAAAUAAACAAUAA